UUGAGAGAGUGUACAUAUUAUUUGGUUUCCUCUUUAUGUUCUGAUAUCUUUGUGUUUGAAGGUGAGGUUUUGGAUAUUGAAUAUUUAUCAUCAUUGAGAUUUAUUGUUCUAUGGAAUGAAUUUUUGUAGAGCUCCAGUUCUACGAGCGAAAUGAAUAGAAAAAUAUGAAAAAAAAAACGUUGACUCCAGUUAUCAAAAAAAAAAAUUGUAUAAAAUAACAGUUUUUUGAAAAAAUGAUGGAAAAACGUGGCUCCCUCGAAAAGCUGCAAAAUUUAGAAAAUUCUUCCAAAUAGAAUUUCACUUGCAAAUUUUCAGUCCAUCCAAAAUUGUUCUUAUUUUUCUAUAAAUUGUAAAUGUUAUGAAAUUUCGAUUGAUUACAUAAUGUCGAAAUAAACAAUUGAACUAUAUAUUCUCAUUUUCCAUCAUUUUCCCCAUUUUUUCAUAUUUUUCGAAUUGUCCUUUAUUUUGUACAUUUUCAAUCGAUUUUAUCUUAUCAGCAGCCUCUUGUACCUCUUCUACCUUUUUUGUUCUGAUCUUUCGUCUCUUGGCCAACAAUAAUUCUGACUCAGAUGUUGCAGGUAUGUCCCUCGAUCCUCUGGUCAAGGCCGAGCAGGGCCUCUACGCUCCAUUCUUUGGAAGUCUUGGAGUAACAGCCGCAAUGGCUUUUGCAGCUGCAGGAUCUGCUUAUGGAACAGCUAAAGCAGGAACCGGUAUUGCUUCAAUGGCCGUUGCUCGUCCAGAUCUUGUGAUGAAAGCGAUUAUCCCAGUUGUUAUGGCUGGUAUCGUUGCCAUUUACGGUCUUGUCGUCGCUGUUAUUGUUUCCGGAAAAGUUGAACCAGCUGGUGCGAGUUACACAAUCAACUCAGGAUUCUCACAAUUCGCCGGAGGACUUGUCUGUGGAUUGUGUGGUUUGGGAGCCGGAUAUGCGAUUGGAAUUGCUGGAGACGCGGGAGUGAGAGCUCUCUCACAACAACCGCGAAUGUUCGUCGGAAUGAUUUUGAUUCUUAUUUUCGCUGAAGUUUUAGGAUUGUACGGUAUGAUUGUUGCCCUUAUUUUGGGAGCAACAUAA